AAAUAGACACUCUUCGACAAACCCAAUCUCCACCUUGGGAAAUCUUGACUACGUUUAUUUCGUUAAUUAACACUAAAAAAAAAAGAAAUGUUGUCCAUGGCAGCAAGUUACGCACACCUAGAGGCCAAACAGAAGAAUCAGAAGGAAAAAAUGAAAAAGAGAGAAAAGGAGAGAAACUCCGGCCACGAUGCAGCUCAUCCCCUCCCUGUCGAAGCCUCGUCUGCCUCCGGAAGGAAAUCUAAUAAAAUAUAUCCUUCUAGUUUAUCUCAUGAACAAGUAGAGGUCAAGUCACAAAAGUGAAAUUUAAAGUCGUGAAAUUCUUGAAGAGUUUAUUCAAGUAUUUUUCCUUGUCUCUUAGCAUGUAAUAUCUAUGUAUGUAUGUAUGCGUGAUGUGUCUAAAACGUAUCUUGGUCGUGUUUAUAGUUUUGUGAAAGUGUGCUAUUUGUGUGUUACUUACUUGGUGUUAUGUUAUCAAGUGUAAAAGGUUAUUCCAUUGACACACGCCCAUUACCUAUUUUAACUCUGAUUUACAAGUUCCAAUCAAACAUUUUUCUAA